AUGUAUAUAAACAGUCAUGCGAGCAGUCUUCCUAGUGCUCUACCAACAUUUUUUACUGAACACGAUUUAGAUAAGAUGUCUGAUUAUGUAUUUGAUACUUAUGAUCUUAAUGGAACAGGUAUGCUAACAUUCGAAGAAUUUGCUGAAGCUUAUUUAAUGCUCACUCAUCAUCCUGAUAUGUCAAAAGAUGGUAUAACAUUUCGCGAUCGAUUUAACUAUCUUUUAGAUCAAGACAAUUCAACGCCUGGUUUCAUAACACAAGAACAAGGUGAACGAGUAUUUAAUCGUCUCAAUAGAUAUAACAAUUGGCUAAAAUCGAAAGAUACAACAUCAGAUGAAUGGUCGAAGCCAGCGUCGACUGUUUGGGAAUCUCACUGGAGCAAACUGGGUGACGAGAGUGGUCGCGUACCAAAAGAAAAGUUUGUCGAUUAUAUCACUAAUUCAAACGAUUAUAAACACCAUUUCGAUUCUGUUGCAACCUAA